AUGACAUUGGUCAACAAUAGUAUAUUGGAGACUGAAUCAACUGAUUGGUCAAUACUACUGGACUUUGGACAAUACAUCGACAGAUUCACACCAACUUAUAAUCUGCGGCAGAAUGAUUCGUUGACCCUGUCACAAUGGCCCACCAACAUUGACCCGCCAGGAUCAUCUGUCAACUGCUCGCUGGUCCAAAUCGGCCAUUUCAAACUUAGCGGACAGGGCAACAAUGCCCUGACCAUACGUGAUGUGUACAUUGGCUUCAUGACACAUGUUGAUGGCCCCGACUCCUACUACACCACAUCCAUCCUGUCGAUGAGCAAUGUGAUGAUCGACCAAUACAGCGAGCACUUCUACGGCCCACUGAUGACGAUGAGCAAUUGCACAAUUGCUGAACCUUCGAUAUACACAUUCUUCACUCGGGUCCUGGUCGAUCAGUCCAGAAUGAUCGAUGCCUACAUGGUCGUGAGCAAUGGCUCGCUCACAGUCACCUCGUCCUACCAUGACAGCAUGUUAUUCAGCAUCGUGGAGGCACAGGUAUACUUCAGCCAGAGCAUAUUUAUGUCUUCGGAAUGCAGCCUCAUCUCGUCCAACAUCACCGUGGAUCGAUGCAAUUUCACGACGGUCGUCAACGUGGACACGGACAUGACUCUGACCCAGGGCACCACCUUGAACCUGACCAACUCGGUGUUCUCCACGUCGGGCCAGUUCUCAAUGCGCGCCGACCAGGCCUCCAUCACGAUGAACAACGUCACCUAUGGAACGUGUCAAUACUCCUCGGCCUACUUGCUGACCAACAGCACAGUGACUAUGAACAAUGUCCACUUUAGCGACAUCCAAUCAUCAUCGUUCGCAGACAUGGGUGACUCAUCAAUCGACUUGAAAAACUUUGUGCUGCAGACCAACUCGCCCACGUUGUUCCGAGUUGGCGGCGAAGCCAGCUGCAGCAUCAAAAUCGCCAAAGGAUACUUCCUCAACACAGCCUACUCGGCAAGCCAGCAACUCUUGUCGCAGACCGACCAGGUACUUCAUAUCACACUGUCGAUCGUACGAACACAGUUGAUGGGACUGUCAUCGAUCGUGUGCUCAUACUGCUGGCUCAACAUGGAGACCGUCACAUUCGACCAGAUUGUCAGCACAUACUUUGGCAUCACCGUCACGGGCUCGCAACUAUACAUACGCGACUGCCAUCUCUCCGAACUCACCAACAACGACUACCUGCUGCGAGUGAUGACGAGCAAUGCCACGAUCGUCGACACUAGCUUCGCCUACUCCUCCGACCCACUCUGCGCCUACAACUCCAACAUCACACUGGACAACGUCAAGCUGGACAACAUAUCGGCGAGGCAGGCCAUGGUCCUGUUCAGCUCGAUCGUCACAUUCAAGAACUGCACCAUGUCCCGAAUCAAUCAGAUCUUGGCACAGCCAAUCUUUGUGCUCACUUACUCGUCUGUGCGAUUUGAGCUCAUCUCGAUUACUGCGUGCACGUCUGGCGCGGGACUGAUGACCAUGUCGCAGAGCGACUUCACUAUGAUGAAUUCGUCAAUCAAUGGCGGCAACUACUACCGCCGCAUGAUAUUCGGUAUGCAGUCGACCAUCGACAUCACAAACUCUAAGAUCCAAAUGACCACACAGACGGCAUUCAACUCGAGUAUCGAGGGAAUGAUAUCGGCCGAACUGAGCACAAUCAACCUUCGAAACUUCACAGCCACUGGCCUAUCAUCCAUGCUCAUUAUGUACAUGGAGACGUGUCAACUCAACAUCUUUGGCCUCAAGAUAUUACUAAGCUCCAACAAGUUGCUCUCGGCCAAAUGGUCCAACGUAACAUUGAUUGGCAGCAAUGUCUCAGGAUCGUACUUAGGGUCGACAAUCAGCUUUCUCGAAUGUCCAAGUGUGAUCAUCACUGGCAACAAGUUCCACGACAUGCAGGUUGAUCUUGUGAUGAAUGCCGAUCGCUCAAAUGUGUCACUCUCGGGUAACUGGGUCUCGCAAAUCGACGCCAAUGCCGAUGGAUCAUAUGUUGAAGCCGAGACAUCGACAUUAUUCAUGAAUCACGAGACAGUCCAAGCCAGCAAAUUCUAUUCAGCCGUCACAUCCUACAACACAGAUAUCCAUGUGUCACAGAGCACAUUCACCCUCAACGAAGGCAUCAUCUUUUCAAUGACCAUGGGCAACUUCACCCUGACAGGAUCGACCAUCAAGGGCACAACCGCAGAUACUGCGGUCGCUCUGCUAAACAUCCAACGUGUCCAGAUCAAUGACACCGAUAUCAUCACCAACUUUGCCAGCAACUCACCACUGAGAAUGUUUGGUGGCGCCUUCUACCUGGAGAACAUGUACUAUCCUUGCGAGUUCAGUUACAACUCCUUUGUUGACAACGAGGCAAAGGCAAGUGGCGGUGUAUUCUACGUGGCAAAUGGCGACCCCUUCCUGCUCGAUGCGACCAACGUCCUUACUGGCAAUGUGGCCGAGUUCUACGGACCAAACUAUGCAUCGGUCAAGAGCACAUUCAACAUCACCAACCUGACAGAGAACCUCCGCAAUGACGUAGCCAUGGAGAUUGGCAUCACAGUGCUCGACGGGUAUAACAACACUGUCUCGAACGAGGUUGGCGAGAUCAAGAUCAGCAUCGUGCCAAUGACUCCAACUCUGUCAAAUUCUAGCUAUUCAUUUACAGUCACUUUGAUGGGUGGCCAAGGUAUCGUGUACCUUACUGAGCUCGUCGGCAAGCCUAAUGGAAGCGUGUUCCAGAUCAACCUGUCCCAAGAGGACUCCUCACUGCUACCACUCUCAUUCCAAAUCACCAUCCCCAGCUGCAGUCCAUUCCAGUUCCAAGGCAUCAACUCGUCACUCUGCCAAUUCUGUCCGUCCAAUCUCGAUGUCUACUCACGCUCACUUGGUCGAUGCCAGUCAUGUCAGAGUGAACUCAAACAUCUGACACAAUGCUAUCAAGACAGGGUCAGCACAACACCUGACUUUUGGAUGUAUAACUAUGACAUUGAGUACAUCUAUCAAUGCCAACCGAACCAGUGUCUUGGGUCGAACAGAUGCCUGUCCGGCCACACUGGAGUCCUCUGUGGACAAUGUAUAAAGUCACCAGGUAUCAACAAGUCUGGACUGUAUUGCUGCAGCUCCAACAGUAUCUUUAUCACACUCUCCUAUAUCAUAUUUAUUAUGCUAGUGAUCGUUGGACUCUCAAUUACUCCUGGACAUCACGCUUCAAUUGUUGGAAUAUUAUUCAACUACUUCCAGAGUAUUGCAAUCCUGCUAUUCCCUCAACUCAACCUAUACAUUGUGCCAUUGUUUAGGAUAUCGAUUGACUUCAUUCCCAAGGUGUGUCCACUGCCCGAACUUGGAUACAUUGCCAAGGUAUUGCUGUCCACUCUAAUGAUCAUAGUGAUCAUUGUCACUGGUACUCUGGCAACUGGAAGGAUAACCUUCUUCCAACGCAGGAGAUUGAUCAACAUACAAGAGACCAUGAACACAUCGGAUAUCUCAAGAUGGUCUUUGUUCUGGCACUUGCUCAUGAUGUUCUAUGGUGCACUGGUAUUCAACUUCUUCUCUCUGGCAUUACCAUGCCGUAACGUUGGCAAUCAAACUUCCACAUACCUCUACAUGGACAUGGAUGUACAGUGUAACGCAUUCACCACCACAUUGCGGGUUAUAUCAAUUGGAUUACUUGGCAUCAUGUUGGUGUUGUUGCCACUGUACUACAUCUACACACAGUAUGCACCUGGUUCUGUUAUGCAUCGACACAUGUCUGAGCAUUACAAGUCCAAACAUAGAUGGUGGGCAGUGUUUGCAAUGUACAGGAUGGCAUCAUAUGGUAUCACUACAUUAUUGUUGUUGUACCAACCUGAACUGAUGUCAGGUGUACUACCUUCAAUAAUGGUGCUCAUCACAAGUGUUCAAUACUUUAUUAGGCCAUACAGGAUUAAGACUUUGAACGAAUUGGAGAAUAUGUCAAACCUUACCAUCACAAUGUUAUUCAUCAUCUCUUAUACCAACAUCACCAGUCCCAAUACUCGAGGAAGGAUAAAUAAAUGGAUUGGUUCAUCGAUCACCAGGUUGUUGAGCGAGGGCAAGGGCGAGGGCGAGGGUUGGGGUUUGUGA